UUAUGUAUUUUUCUGUUAGAGUUAACAAAUUAUUGUUCAUAAAUAAAGUUACGAAUAAUAAUGGUACGUAUUUUAUGAUAAUAUUACACAUUUUAUAGUUAAAAUACAUUUCAGUAAAAAAUAUAUAUAUAUCAUUGUCACAAAAUGUAUAACUUUACUUUCGAAUUAUAAAUUGUCAUAACUCUAUAAAAAAUAUAUAUAUAAUAUUACUAUAAAAAUGUGUAACAUGGGUGUAUAUGUUUAACACGCUUGUACCGAAAGGUUGUAUGAUUUGCAUGGACGAGAAAAACACAUGAAAAGAAAUUGACAUUAAGCUUAUUGGCAACCAAAACUAAAAGUUGAAAAGAUUCGAUGAAGAAAACAAGAAGCCACUUUCUUAUUUUCGAUCAAAACGUCUCAAAACGGAUUGUUCAAUGUAAAGACAGCCAUAUGCAAACUUUGGAACCACCUCCUCUCUCUCACUCUCUCUCUCUCUCUCAUCCCCCCUUCCCCCAGCUGUUACAAAAACUCCUUUUUCUCACUCCUCCCCUUCUCCUUUUAACUCCCCUCCAACACACCCACCACCACCAUUUGGGAUACCUCAAACAAAAAAAUUACAUAAAAUCUCUCUCUCUCUCUCUCUCUCUCUCUCUCUCUCUCUCAUCACAGAUAAAUUGACACAAAUGGGUCAUGUGAAUGGCCACUGGGGCCGCGGCAGCGAUGCGGUGAUCGAUGUGGUGAAGCCGAUGAAUUUCACUGGAGGACUUGAAUUCACUGGCUUGACUUACACUGUGCUAAAGAAGAAGGAUGUUGGAGGGAAUUUGGUGAAGCAAGAAGUGGAUUUGUUGCAUAGGAUUACCGGGUAUGCGCCAAAAGGGUCUAUCACGGCGGUGAUGGGGCCAAGUGGGGCUGGGAAGUCGACACUUUUGGAUGGUCUGGCCGGGAGGAUUGCAAGUGGGAGUUUGAAAGGGAAGGUGGCUUUAGAUGGAGUGGAUAUGAGCCCAAGCUUGAUUAAAAGGACUUCGGCGUAUAUUAUGCAGGAUGAUCGAUUGUUUCCAAUGCUUACGGUUUAUGAGACGUUUAUGUUUGCUGCGGAUUUUAGGUUGGGGCUGAUAUCAAGGGAGGAGAAGCAGCUGCGGGUUGAGAAGCUCAUUGAGCAGCUUGGCUUAUCGUCGACUAGAAACACUUACAUCGGCGACGAAGGCACUCGGGGAGUCUCUGGCGGCGAGCGUCGUAGAGUCUCAAUCGGCAUCGACAUCAUCCAUGGCCCCUCCCUCCUUUUCCUCGACGAGCCCACAUCUGGGCUCGACUCCACCAGUGCUCACAGCGUCAUCGAAAAAGUCCAUGACAUUGCUCGCUCUGGCAGCACCGUGAUCCUCACAAUCCACCAACCUUCCUCCAGAAUCCAGCUCCUCCUGGACCAUCUCAUUAUCCUCGCUCGAGGAAUGCUCAUGUACCAGGGAUCCCCUAAAGACGUGGCUCUCCACCUUGGCCGAAUGGGGAAAAAAGUCCCGAAAGGCGAGAACUCGAUAGAGUUCCUCAUUGAUAUCAUUCAAGAGUAUGAUCAGACCGAGCACGGGGUUCAGCUGCUGGCAGAGUUUGCGCUGACGGGGUUGAAACCGCCAAGGUUGGAUGAGGAGGAGUCGAUGAUGACAGUGGUGCCAACACCAUCUCCGGCUCCACGUGGAGGGCGGAAUAGGGUGGAGGGUAAUGGUGGUGGUGGUGAGAAGGGGAUGUCUGGGGGGAAGAGGCUGCACUUGCAGGCGGGUGCGCAGGAUUCUGAUUUUGAUCACAGUGUAAAGAGUCCGUGGAACACGUCGAGGUCAUGGAGUGCGGCUAGUCAGAGUGGGGUUAUGCAGUCACUGAGGUUCACGCCGACUCGGCAGAGGUCAAGUGAUCAUCACAGAUCUGAGAUCUCAAUGAGUUCAUCACCCGGCUACUACACCAACUCCAACGAGAUCCUUGGCGGCACUCCAACACCUCACAGCAGCGACUACACUGUCAACGAAAACGACUACCUCACCCCCAACAACAUUGCUCAGGCCACUGCACACAACCAUCUUGGACCAAAAUUCUGUAACUCAUUCUUCACCGAGAUCUGGAUCCUCAUCCGCCGCAACUUCAAAAACAUCCACCGCACCCCCGAGCUCUUCCUUUCCCGCCUCAUGGUCCUCACCGUCAUGGGCUUCAUGAUGGCCACAAUGUUCAUGAACCCCAAAAGAAACAUGCAAGGCAUAACCAACCGACUCAGUUUCUUCAUCUUCACCGUCUGCCUCUUUUUCUUCUCUUCCAAUGACGCUGUCCCCGCAUUCAUCCAAGAACGGUUUAUAUUCAUCCGUGAGACUUCCCACAAUGCUUAUCGUGCAUCCUCGUACACCAUUGCCAGCCUCCUCACUUAUCUCCCUUUCCUCCUUCUCCAGGCUGGUGUCUACGCUGGGAUCGUUUGGUUCGCCUUGAAGCUCCGCGGAUCAUUCUUCUACUUCCUCGUCGUUCUCUAUGUGUCUCUUCUUUCCACCAACUCAUUCGUCGUGUUUGUCAGCUCAGUGGUUCCAAACUACAUCUUGGGUUAUGCGGCGGUCAUCGCUUUCACUGCUCUGUUUUUCUUGUUCUGUGGAUACUUUUUGAACAGUCACGACAUACCGACAUAUUGGAAAUGGAUGAACAAGAUUUCAACCAUGACAUACCCAUAUGAAGGGCUUUUGAUGAAUGAGUUUCAAACAAAUAAGAGUUUCGGAAACAAUACGCUCGGAGCUGAGGUCUCGGGGAUCGUCAUCUUGUCACAGCUGCAUAUUUACAACAAGGAUGAUUCUAAGAAGUGGGAAAAGGUUUUCAUAAUGCUGGGUUGGGCUGUUCUAUAUAGGGUUUUCUUUUACUUGGUUCUGCGAUUUGGUUCGAAAAACCAGAGGACAUAGAGAAAGAGAGAGAGUGAGAACAGAGAGUUGGAAAAGGAAAAAAAGUGAACCUGAAUUUGUUGUUAGAACAUACUUUUUUUUUUUUUAGCUCUAAUGAGCCUCUUUUAAAAUGGUUUUUUUCUUGAAUUUAUACAUGUUAAUACAUGCAUGAAUUGUUCUGUUGAUAGUACUUACCAUUAUAAUAGUAAAUUUACCAAAGUUGUAGGAUUUGACAAGUGCGAGCUCGUUGUAAAUCAACUGCAAAUCGUUGAUGAUAUACUGUUUUCAAUCA